AGAAAGUCAAAACAUCUAGGGGUACCGAGCAUGAGGAAGGACACGAAGAAUGAAGAAGAUUUUAGGGUUAGUUUUUAUUUAUUUAUUUUCUGUUUUCAAACGCUGGACGUGUGAAAUUCUGUCUCCGGCAAGCUUGGGACAGGUCAGAGCGAGGGAAGAGACUCGGUUGAAGGCAAGGAGGAGGAAGAAGAAGGCAAGGAUAUUUAAGUCAUUUUAAUAUAAAUUAGGGCGACAAAUAAGAUGUUUUAGGGCGACAAAUAGCAAUGCCCAGAGAAAAAUAAUGAUCAUUUCUAAAAAAAUGCAAAUGUAUGUGUAUAAUUAGGGGUGGAUGUCGGUCGGUUUAGUUAUAACAAAAAAUCAAAGGUUCGGUUAUCGGUUAACCGAACCACCCCUUCUGGCUAUCGAUCGGUUAGUGGUUCGGUUAGCCGAUGCAACCGAAAUUUUGGAAUUGGAUUUAUGAUUUUGGAUCUAGACGAGGGGGAAGGUGGCGAUGGAAGAGGGAGGGUCAACAAGGUGGUGAGGCUCGACGACAUCGUCGGGAGGCCUCAAGCCUUAUUAGAGCUCGCCACCCUGCUUCGCUUCAUCGGCCUCAAGCCGGCCUCCGACGACCAGAUCCAUAUCCUCCUCGCCGACAUCAACGCCAACGACAAUGGCUCCAUCGAAUUUGACGAACUGGGCUCCGCUAUCGCCAACGACGUCGACGAGCAGACACUGGUGAACCAGGACCACCUCCUCGACUUCUUCAAGUUGUUCGAUCGGGACGCGUGACGGAGGAUGCAGACGAGCGUGGAGGCGGAGGAGGCAGAUGGACGGACGACGAUUUAGUGGCUGGGAAGAGUGGCGGCGCAGGGAAAGGGCGAUAAGGUGGUCUGGGAAGGAAGAGUGGCGGCGCUGGGAAGGGAAGGGGCGAAGGGUUGCGGCCUUGCGGGCAGUUAGGGUUUUUGGGGUUGGGGACUUGGGGGUGUACUGUUGCGGUUUUGGGGUGUGGAGGGCAGCAUUUUCGGCUAGCCGGUUAACUGCCUCUGAUUACUCGCCUAACCGAAGCACCCUUCUGCCCCUCCGAAUACCGACCGAUUUUUGGUUUUUGUCGGUGUUUGGUUAACCGCUAAUCGACGAUUAUUGGUCAAACCGAACGGUUAGCCGAUAACCGACAACCGAUUGCCCACCCCUAUGUAUAGUAGAGUAUGUUCGGGUUGAAUAUUGUGAACACCAUGUCCAAUCAACAUUAGCAAUAUUC